AUGCCCCCAGGCGGCGGCGCGCCCGCCGAGCAUGCGGCGCGUGGCCCUCCCGCGGCGAGCGGCCUCCAUGCCGCGCCCGGCGCGCCCUACGCGCACGAGGAGCACGCGGCGUGCGGGCCCCCUGCGGUGCCCGGCCGCCCCGCCACGCCCGGCGCGUCCUACGAGGACGCAGCGCGCGGUCGCCCCGCCUCGCCUGGCCCAGCUGGCCCGCCCUACGCGUCCUAUGAGCACGCGGAGCGCAGCCGCCCCGCCUCGCCCGGCGCGCCCUACGCGCACGAGCAGCACGAGGCGCGCGGGCCCCCUGCGGUGCGGCCCCCCCGCAAAGCCCGCACGCGGCGCCCGGCCGCCCCGCCUCACCAGGCUCGGCUGGCCCCCCCCGGUGCCUUGUACCAGCACGCGGCGCCCGGCCGCCCCGCCUCACCAGGCUCGGCUGGCCCGCCCGGUGCCUUGUACCAGCACGCGGCGCCCGGCCGCCCCGCCUCACCAGGCUCGGCUGGCCCGCCCGGUGCCUUGUACCAGCACGCGGCGCCCGGCCGCCCCGCCUCACCAGGCUCGGCUGGCCCGCCCGACCACCCCGCCAUCGUCGAGGACGACGAUCAGUUUAGGGGGAGGACCAGAACUACUCAGUCUGCUACUCCGAACGCGAGGGCGCUUAGUUCGGACUAG